AUGUGUAAGAAACAAUGCGAAUUGAGAGUGAAAUUCGAUCAAAUCGCAAUGACAUCGGAAAUGAAACGAAAUUUCGACUUUUUCAUUCAAUCGAGUAAACGAAUCGACAGAUCGAGAUCAAGAGCGAAAAGUCGACGAUCUGGUAAAUCGAAAAAGUCGAUGUCGUCUUCAAGGAAGAGAAGAAGUGGCUCAAAAAAGUCGGAGAAGAAGAAGAGGUCUGAGAGGAAAUCAUCGAAGAAGGGACAAAGUAUUAAUAAGAGGAAGAAUCGAAGCAAACGAGUUGCGGAAGAGGAUGAAGAGGAGAAGAAAGGAAGUGAAGAGGAGGAGGUGGACAGAAAUGAGGAGAACGACAAACAGAAUGUGGUUAGCAGUCGAAAUUAUAGCGAUCGCGAUAUUGAGAGAACGCAGAAAAGCGACAGCAAUCCGAAUUCGCUCAAAUCCGAUCGAAGUGCGAAAACACAGCAGAGCAGCAAACUGGAAAGUGCGCAGAGCAAAAGCAGCAAUUUGUCGGCUCCAAUCUCGAAACCUUCUCUCAGAUCGCCAUUGACUGGAAAUGUGUUGCAACGAAGCGCCACUAGUGAAUACGUCGCACCGACACCGCCGGGCUAUUUUGAUCCGCCGAACGUGUUGAAGCCGACGAAGAGCACGAGCUUGAAAGUGAAUCCGAAUCGAAGUUUGGUGAUGAAUGUGCCCAAGACGGAAAAACGAACACUUCGGAAAGUGUAA